AUGGCUCCCGCAAAGAAGGGUGGUGAGAAGAAGGGCCAUUCUGCCAUCAGUGAGACAAUAGCCAGGGAAUACACUAUCAACAUUCACAAGCACAUCCAUGGAGUGGGUUUCAAGAACCAUGCCCCUCAGGCACUCAAAGAGAUCCAGAAAUUCGCCAUGACGGAGAUGGAAACUCCAGAUGUACACAUUCAUACCAGACUCAACAAAGCUGUUUGGGGCAAAGGAAUAAAGAAUGUCCCACACCGUUACCAGGUGCAGUUGUCCAGAAAACAUAAUGGGGAUGAAGACUCACCAAACAAGCUCUAUACAUGA